CGUCAUUUCUUUUGUCUGUGGUUUUAUCUAUUAUUAAUUUGUAAAUAGGGUAGGUACGUAAUAAGAAAUAAUUAUUAGUAUGGGACUGGAGCAAUAAUUCUGUUAUCCGCGCUUAUGUUCUUUAUUAUUUUAUAACCUCGGCCACCUGAAACGUUAAGGAAUAACAAAAAUGGGCGACGACGCAGGCAGUUUCGAUCCGUGCGCCUGCAUAUGGAAUCAUGAAUUGGCUAUGAGGCGCCUAUUGAAUGUUCUUAGAAAUUCUCAAGCUUUAUGCACUGACACUGAAUGCUUUGAAACUGGAGCGACACCACCCAGGACGAAUCCCAAUAACCCUGACAGUCUAUUGAUUUUGACUGUUUUCUUUGCUGCAGUUUUAUUGUUGUAUAUGCUACGACCUCGAAAUCAACAGAUUCAACAGGAUGUUAGGAAGCCAAGCAGAAAUGAAAAUAACUCAAAUGGACCUCCACCGCCAGCAGUAAACUAAUUGAAUAGUAUUAUUUUGUUAUACUUUACAAAAAGUGUGUUAUUCAUUUGAAAAUAUAUUUUCUUAAAUUGA